CUAAAAGAAGCAGAACCCCCAGACUGUAAACUGUAAAGCCACUCUAAAACGCAAACUACUAGUGCAGUGCAGUGCAGUGCCUUUAAAACCCUAAGAGAUUCUCCAAACAAAGACAAUGCAAAGAUAAUCAUCAUCACCACUCUCCUCUCUAACAACCGCUGCUUCUGCAUUUCUAUCUACAGGUUCCAUCUUUUUUUUCCAUUCAGCAGGUUAUAUUUUGUGAAGAUGAGUCUCACAUUUAAUGGAUACCUUCUGGUAGAGAAGCUAGCCAAGCUUGAUUGUUCACAGUUGAGCAUUCAAACUGUAUCACACUGGUGUAUGUUUCACAGAAAAAAAGCUAAGCAACUUGUUGAAACAUGGGAUAGACAGUUCUAUUGUUCCCCUCGAGAGCAGCGGUUGGCUUUUCUAUAUCUUGCAAAUGAUAUACUACAGAACAGUCGGAGUAAGGGGCCAGAGUUUAUUGUUGAAUUUUGGAAAGUUCUUCCAAAAGCUUUCCAUGAUAUAGUUGAAAAUGGAGCAGAGUCUCAAAAGAAUGCUGCGGAACGAUUGAUUGAAAUCUGGGAAGAGAGAAAAGUUUUUGAUUUCCCUGGGAAAGUACUCAGAGAUGAGCUCAUGAGACGGAGCAUGGAGAAAAACAAUAAAGACGCAGAAACUUUGAGCAGAGAACUGAUCUGUGUUGGGGAAGAUAAAAAACUUUCCUCUAUUCAAGUAAAAGUACCAAAAAGUGAUGAGCCCAUGGGACGCGGUAUUGAGACGAGCAAUGGAGCUGGACACACUUUGAGCAGAAAACUGAUUGGUGUUGGCGAAGAGAAAAAACUUUCAGAUGUUCAAGGAAAAGUACUGACAAAUGAUGAGCCCAUGGGAUGCAGUACUGAGACGAGCAAUGGAGCUGGACACACUUUUAGAAAACUGAUUGGUGUUGGCAAAGAGAAAAAGCUUUCGAAUGUUCAAGGAAAAGUACUGGGAAAUGAUGAGCCUGUGGGAGGCAGCAUUGAGAAGAGCAAUGGAGAUGGAGACACUUUGGAUAGAAAACUGCAGAGACAAUCUGUGGGAAGUAUGGUCGACAAAAUUAUUUCGAGUUAUGAAAUUGUAUGUGAUGGAACUGUUGAUGAAGUAUCUCUAUUGAGAAAAUGUGGAAAAGCAAUUGCAUUUGUUGACAAAGUAGAUAAGGAAAUUGGCAGGGAUAAUAGCACAGGGAAGCUCAAUCAAUCUGAGCUGAAUGAGCUACAUGAACAGCAUGGUAUACUGAGAGAAAGCAUUGAACAGUUGUCUGCAGCUGAAUCAUCCAGAACAAAUCUUAUCACACGUCUAAAGGAGGCUCUUAAAGAGCAGGAAUUAAAGCUGGUUCAAAUCCGUCUCCAUUUAGAGGCUGCUCAAAUCCGAUCGGAGAAGGCUGAGAACAUUUGCCAACAUCUGAUAAAUUCCAAAAGCGGGGAUUUGCAAACUGAGCAGAGGUUGAACGAAACAAGCGUUGCUGUCUCACCUCCAAGUUUCACUUCAGAAACUCUAGGGGCUAGUGGAGAUGACAAAGGGAAACCAGCUCCCAUCAUUAAGGAUACACCACAGGGUCCGUCAUUCUCCAGAGGUUCUUCCAACAUGAAAAAAGGUAAUUGGUGUCUUGCAGCUGCAGUAUUAAACCUUAAACGUGCCCGUAAGAUUCAAGCAGCCGAAGACUACAUUAGAAACCAACAAAAUCAUGCUUCUGCAUUUGACAAGUGUCCUUCAGGAAAGAGGACUAAACUCGAAAAUGGUGCACCUUCUUAUACACAGUCUCAGCAGCUAGCAUCAGAACCCUUACCUUAUAUUCCACACCCUGGAUCGCCUCAACAUUUGUCAUCAUCACCUGUAGCCUUACCAGCUGUGCCACUGCAAAAACCAUACAGUUCUGGCAUGUCAAAUUCACAGCAGCGACAGCCACCAUCACCUAUGAAAACCGGUUCCUCAAUGGGCAAACAUCCAGUCAGAGGCAUGAUUUCAAUGUCAGCAUCAUCCACAACAUCUUAAUAAUAGACUCCGCCGCAACUCAGCUUUUUUUUGGAGGGUGAUAACACUACUGGUAGUAUUUUGUGGAAUGAAUGGUUUUUGUUACCUGCAGUUUUGGGUAACCUUUUGGAGGCACAAUAGGAGGAGGGUAUGUACAUAUAAAGUUUUAGUACAGAAGUUGUAUAAACAGUCCUUUUGGACGCAAAGAUGUGAAGCUAACUAGUAGUAGUAU